AGGACGCACACAACUCACACUCGGCGUCUUAUCUGCGCGCAAGCAUGUUUGGCCAGGGCAAGAACCCUAGUGGUUGUGGUCCUCCUCAAUAUGUAAGUGGCUGUCAAGGAGGCCAUGGGGGUCCAUGCACUGGGGCUUGCCAGGGGCACGGAGGACAUGGACAUGGGCAUGGGCAUGGGCAUGGGCACGGGCACGGGCAUGGUCAUGGAGGACAUGGGCAUGGUCAUGGGCAUGGUCACGGGCACGGGCAUGGAAACGAAUGUGAUCACGGGCACGGACAUGGACACGGACACGGGCAUGGACAUGGACAUGGACAUGGACAUGGGCACGGGCACGGGCACGGACACGGACACGGACACGGGCACGGGCACGGGCACGGACACGGGCAUGGGUCUGGCAGCUCCAGCUCCUCCAGUGACUCAGACUGUGAAGGUAAGGGACGUAGACGCAGACCUAGACGCUGCAAGGGGUGCAAGCAUGGCAAGAAGAAGUAUGGCAAGAAGAGGCAUGGGAAAGGAAAGCACUCUGGCGGCAGCUCCUGCAGUGAUGGCAGCUCUGAUUCAGAUUAGAGCGCCACCUUGAGGACAGCGUCAGCAAUAACCCACUCCAGCCACAGCUCCUUCCUCUGCACAUUUGGAACAUAUCGUUAAAUGAAGAAUAAAGCAUUUAUAUGGUUACAUGUAACCAGAAAAAAAUGUCUCUGCACUAUGCUCAACUCGUGUCUGGAAUUGGUCAGUCAAUUUGGAUAGGUGUAAAUGGCCGCUUUUUAGAGGUUUUUUUUUUCUGUCUGAUGGUGAUAAUUAAAAAUGCAUCCAAUAAAUUGCUGAGUUUUUAUAUCUGA